AUGGACCCUGAUAAAAAAGGGGAGGGUCUGGUCGUAGAUGAGGUGACUGUGAAAGUGGAGGGCGACGCUCCUCCCACAUGGAAUGCAGACGAAACUCACUUAGGAGGACACUCUCAGGGCAGCACUAGUAACUUCUUAGACUACAGGGAAAGCUUAGAGACAAAUCUAAAUGUCCCAACCCACUCCUCUUUACCCGCGUUCAGGGAUCGUGACCCAGUGUCCACGUCAACGGGGCCUUCCAAUUCACACYGCCGCAUCCUUUUCGAUCAGGUUUUGAACUCAAACGACAGGUCUAGAGCCCAGGCUCAGGGAGGGGGAGCCACAUCAGGCAAUAGUAAAGAGAAACGGUUCCUCUGCAUGUUUUGUAACAAAGGAUUCAGCUGCUCCCAGAAUGUGGAGAUCCACCAGAGGGUCCACACAGGGGUGAAACCCUACAGCUGUACCCAGUGUCACAUGUGCUUCACCCAGGCUGGCACCCUGAAGAGGCAUCAGAGGGUCCACACAGGGGAGAAACCCUUCAGCUGUACCCAGUGUCACAUGUGCUUCACCCAGGCUGGUCACCUGAAGAGGCACCAGAGGGUCCACACUGGAGAGAAGCCGUUCGCCUGUACGCAUUGCAGGAAGAGGUUCUCAGAGAGGAGAUGCCUCAGGAUACACCAGCAGAAAAACCAUUCCACUCUAUAACAAAGUAACCAUUCCACUCGAUAGCUUCUCAGGCUUAGAUGAAACACUGCAUUAAAGAUAGACUCAGCGAGAUGACGUAGAUGCAAAAAGUUAACAUCGGAUCAAUUUCCAUAACAACUGAGAGCGUUGAAGUGCAAGGUCCAGACAUUGUAGGAUAUAUAAGCCUAAAAAGUCAAUUACAUAUAGUUUUUGUACUGUGUAGGCCAGUGUUUACCAACUCCAGUCCUCAAGUCUACCAAAAGUACACAUUUUCGUUGUAGUCCUGGACCAACACACCUCAUUGUCCAGUGCUACAAUAAAAAUGGGUUCUGUUGGGGGACUUGAGUUGGGAAACACCGUUGUAGGAUAUGAUGUUCAUAAAUGCCCAUUUUAUUACUUCCAUUCAACUACUAUAUUCUUUCCCCCAAGAUACUUUUAAUGAGAAAAUGCAGUUUUUCAGUUGAGACCUGUGGUUUUCAUAUGGUGUGUUUAAAACUUGUUUAUGUUCAAUAAACACCUAAAUGGGA